GCUAGAAUACCUCUUUAUUUGCUUUUUCCUUCACGUCAGUGUUAACUAGCUAACUGGCUAACGUCACUAACCUGAAAUUCUUCAUGUCAUUUAUAUCGUUUAUUUAGUCAUACCUUCCUCCUGUGGAAUCUGAUUCACACAGUUUGCUUUCAUAAUGGAUUGUUAUUCAUAUUUCAAAAGAAAUGUCACUCAUAAGCAGAUAUCACAGUGUUAUAAUUAGGGACGUUAAUCUCUUUGUGGGAGACGCUAUACUUUCCCAAAGUGGGGUACGCCAAUUGUCACGGGUACGUGAAUAAAAAUCAACAAUUAGAGCCUAGCAUUAACAAUUACAAUUGCGCCUGAACGCCUUCUGGAGCGAGGAGACCGCUGCAGGAAGUAGACACCAUGAAGGUGUUCGUUCCUCAGUGUGCAUCAGGUGGUGCACACUUACAUCAGGUGGUGGGCACUUACAUCAGGUGAUGCACACUUACACCAGAAACUCUGGAGUCCCAGCAUGCAUCAGCCAAGCUAUCCCCAGCUGACCUGCGGGGGCGCUGUCUGCUGCCCCUUCAGAUGGCGCUGGAGUCCAAAAACGUCAAACUGGGUCAGACGGCACUGAGCGGCAUGCAGAAGCUCCUGUGUGAGGACCGUUUUGUGGGCGGAAUCAGCAAGGAGGCGGAGCCGAUAGAGAAGCAGCUGCUAAGUCAGAUGCUGGAAGCGGUCAGAGUGACGCCCUCGCUGCAUGAGGACCUGCAGGUGGAGGUGAUGAAGGUCCUCCUCUGUAUCACAUACUCGCCAAAUUUUGACAUCAACGGAGACUCCAUCCUACGUAUCGCUCAGGUGUGCAUGGAGACAUAUGCGUGCAGCUGUCACCAGCGGAGCAUCAACACGGCGGUGCGAGCCACGCUCAGUCAGAUUUUGGGAGAUUUGACACUGCAGCUGCGACACAGACAGGAGGAAGCGGAAGGAGAGGAGCCGGCUGCCCUCCCUCUGCAGAGAAGAGAAGUGUCACCCACCAGCCAGGCGCUGUGUGAAGACGUGGUCAUGGUCCUGACAUGUUUCUGUGACAAACUGGAGUCGGUGGACUGUAGCAACCAGCUGCUGCAGCUGCUCUACCUGGAGAGCAUCCUGUCCAUGCUCAGUAGCUGCCCCCCCACUAUGCACCUGUCCAGAGGCUUCACCGACCUCGUAUGGAAGCAGCUGUGUCCGUCCCUUGUGGCCAUCAUGGGAAACCCAGUCAGCGACAAAACCAUCACCUCCCACCACGGCCACGUGGGGGCGCCAGAGGCCGAAAGACUGAGCCUGGGACCGAGUCUGGACUUGGAGACUACCGUCGGAGCGGUGUCGGAUCAAGGCAGAGGGUCGGGCUGUUCAUCCAGCGCCCCCGCCAGGAUCGCGGCGGUGGUGCGCACCGUGUGCUAUGUGGCGGCCGAGCUUGUGCGUCUGGUGAGCUGCGUGGAGUCCAUGAAGCCGGUGCUGCAGUCCCUCUACCACAGAAUCCUCCUCUAUCCGCCUCCUCAGCACCGCACCGAGGCCAUACGCAUCAUGAAGGAGAUCCUGGGAAGCCCACAGAGAUUGUUCGACCUGGCUGGGCCGUGCGUGGCCGAGCCUGAGAGCAGGAAGCGCUCCUUCUCCAAGAGGAAGUCUCACCUGGACCUGCUGCGGCUGGUAAUGGAUGGCAUGACAGAGGCAUGUGUAAAGGGGGGCAUCGAAGCCUGUUUCUGGUCGGUGUCCUGUACGUGUGCUCUACUGAAAGCGUUGGAGGACCUGUCACGGGGACGGGGCCUCACACCCGAGCAGGCCUGCCUCAUCCUGCGGCGCGCGGACGAGCUGAAAGACGGGACGGAGUCGACGCGCGAGUCCAUGGAAGUCAACGAGGCAGACUUCCUGUGGCAGAGGCAUCUCCUGUCUGAGGGAGCGCCCUGGGACGCCUCCGCCAACAUGGCUGCCGCAGUUGAGCGCAGCCCCGAUAUUAGCAUUAGCAUCACCACAGACACGGGCCACACCACUUUGGACUUUGAGGCUGGACUGCCGCACCUGAGCCAAGCCCCUCCCGAAGAGCACGACCUCUCGUCGCCCUCUGGUGGUGACCUGGAGUACGGCAAGCUGGAAACAGAGAAGGGCAUCCAGUUGGGAGGAGAUGGGAAGGAGUUGGACGGCAGGGGCGGGGCACAAAGAGGAGGGGCGGUUCCUCCUGAUGUGGUCCAGAGAAGCCACGCUCUCGUCUACCCUGACAUCACCAACUUCCUGUCUGUGGAGUCCAGGACCAGGGCUCACCAUGGAGGAGGCUCGCGUUACAGUGAGAGCAACUUCAGUGUGGAGGAGCAGGACUUGUCUCGGACCGAGCUCGACUCAUGCGACCAGUACUCGAUGGCGGCCGAGAAAGACUCGGGUCGUUCUGAUGUAUCAGACAUGGGUUCUGACAACGUGUCACUGGCCGACGAGGACGAGCACACUCCUCGGGAGUUUUUGGGUCAGCGUUCUCUGCGCACGGCUGCACUCUCGCUCAAGCUGCUCCACAACCAGGAGGCGGACCAACACAGUGCUCGGCUUUUUGUUCAGUCGCUGGCGGCGCUGCUGCCUCGCCUCCUGGCAUUGGGCACCGCCACUGAAGUGGACCAGACGCUUCAGAAUUUCUCCCACACGUUCUGCUCCGGACUGCAGGCCGGUGGCAUCCCCUCACCGGGAGUGGAGGCGGGGCUAAUGCUGAGCUGUCAGUCACUGAUGAAUGCGGACGGAAUCUACCUGCUGUCCUUCUACGCUCUGCUGUUCAACCUUAAACUCUGCAAGUGCAACUUCUACCACCGGAGGGCGCUCCCUCCCGCCCUCGGCCUGAAGGAGUUUGUGCGCAUGAUCCAGAGCAGCGGCGUGAUGGUGGUCCUGUCUCAGGCCUGGAUCGAGGAGGUGUACCACCAGGUUUUGGAGAGAGACCUCCUGGGACAGGCGCGCUACUGGGGUGCACAGGAGGAAUGCACGCAGCCGCUCAUCACCAUGCUGAGUGACAUUGAUGGUCUGGGGAGCAGUGUGAUUGGUGGUCAGCUGAUCAGGAUGUCCAGCCAAUCAGCCCUCUCCUGCGACGCAGCACCUGCCGACACUGUCACGGCGGGAGGCGCCGUCUUCUCCCGCUUCAUCCUGUCUGGGGUGUGGAAGAACCUGAUGGACGUGCUGUCCACGCCGCUGACGGGCCGCAUGGCGGGCAGCUCCAAGGGCCUGGCGUUCGUACGGGAGCAGAGCCAAAGGGAGCGAGAUGCCAUUUGUCUCAGUUUGGAUGGCCUACGCAAGGCUGCCGCACUUAGCUGCGUCCUCGGUGUGGCUGCAAACUGCGCGUCCGCCUUGGCCCAAAUGGCCGCCGCUUCCUGCGUGCAGGAGGAGCAUGAGGUGAGGGAGGGAGCAGAGGUGGGAGACGCCAUCACGCAAGUGAAGCAGCGUCUGGAGCAGAUGGCGCGUCCUCAAGGUGUUCGCUUGCACACUGCGCACGUCCUGUGCAUGGAUGCCAUCUUGAACGUGGGUUUGGAGAUGGGCAGUCACAACCACGACUGUUGGCCGCACGUCUUCAGGGUGACGGAGUACAUCAGCUCUCUGGAGCACAGUCACUUCAGCGACGCCUCCUCUCAGUCGCCAUCGCUGCCCACCCUCGCCCAGCGCAGUCAGCAGGCGGCCCCCACGGACGGCAUCCUGGAGCCCACCUACGAGCCCCAAGAUGAAGCAUUGGAGUCUGGCUCCUGUCCGCCAGUCAUGAGGCCGCCGACCAUCCAGGAGCUGCUCGGUGACGGCGGGAGAGGAGGGCGGGGUCUGGACCUGAAAGGUGGCAGUCUGAUGACGGGACCUGGUGCCGCCAAGGCGGUUUGUACGCUGUCAACGCAGACGGACAGGUUGUUUGAGGAAGCUGCCACCAAACUGAACCUGAUGGCUCUGGUGGGCUUCCUGCAGCAGCUGCGAAAGGCAUCCCAGUCUCAGUUGUUUGAUUCCGUCACAGAAACCGGCGACUAUUCACUGGCCAUGCCUGGAGAAGCAAAGUCCAUAUUGGAAUGCCACAGCGCCCUCCAUCUUUUCCGUCUUGGGGAAGCCAUGCUGCGUAUCGUUCGGAACAAGAAUCGGCCGCUGCUGCACAUGAUGAGGGCCUGGAGUGUGGUGGCGCCACACCUGGUGGAGGCAGCUUGUCACAAAGAGCGCCACGUUUCCCAGAAGGCCGUCUCCUUCAUCCAUGACGUCCUGACCGAGGUUCUGACCAGCUGGGUGGAGCCCCCGCAUUUCCACUUUAACGAAGCGCUCUUCCGGCCCUUUGAGCACAUCAUGCAGUUGGAGCUGUGCGACGAGGACGUCCAAGACCAGGUGGUGACGUCCAUCGGCGAGCUGGUGGAGAUGUGUUCUCCUCACAUCUUGUCAGGAUGGCGGCCUCUCUUCAGUGCUCUGAGGACCGUGCACGGCAGCAAGGUGGACGCCAAAGACUACCUGCUCGGAGAUUAUUCUGUGGGCGUCAAGUGUCAGGCGCCCGUCUUUGACGUCUUUGAGGCGUUCAUCAGCACGGACAACAUCCAGGUGUUUGCCAACGCAGCCACAGAUUACAUCAUGUGCCUUAUGAAGUUCGUCAAAGGCUUAGGCGAGGUGGACUACAGGGAGAUCGGCGACUGCGUCCUGACGUCCUCUGCCAGCUCGACCGACCUCUGCCUGCCAGCGCUGGACUACCUGCACAGAUGUUCUCAGCUGCUUGCCAAUAUCUACAAGAUGCCAUCCAAGCCCGUCUUCCUGGGGGCGCGGCUAGCCAGCCUGCCGUCCAGGACACACGAGCGCUCGGUGAGCAGCGAGGACGGAAUGGACGGCGUCCUGCAGGAGUUUGACGACGACACGGGUCUGAUCCAAGUGUGGAUCCUGUUGCUGGAGCAGCUGACAGCGUCGGUCUCAAACUGUCCUCGCCAACACCAGCCGCCCACCCUGGAAAUGCUCUUCCUGCUGCUGAGGGAGGUGGCUGCCGUGCCAGGUCCGGGCUUCGCCAUCUUCGCAGUGGUUCAGCUGCUGCUUCCUGUGAUGUCACUGUGGCUGCAGCGUAGCCACGGCGACUAUGCCUACUGGGACGUGGCGGCAGCUAACUUCAAACAUGCCAUCGGCUUGUGCUGCGAGCUGGUGGUGGAGCACGUCAACACUUUCAUACACACAGAUGUAGGCUGUGAGUCUCUCAUCAACGUGAUGCUGAAGGACGUCUUCAAGCUGCUGGUGGCUUGUGUGUCUCAAGCGGCAGAAAGCAUCUCCAGAGUGGGCUGCUCCUGCAUCAGGUACGUGCUGGUGACAGUGGGUCCAGUCUUCACAGAGGAAAUGUGGAGGUUGGCCUGCUGCGCCCUGCAGGAAGCCUUCUCUGCUACCUUAGAACCUGUCAAGAAACUUCUGGCGUGUUUUCGGAGCGGUUCCGACAGCUUCUGUGGCGACGCCUGUGAGGUCAAAGUGGCCGCCCCCUCAUCCUUGCCAUCAGCGGAGGCCGAGUACUGGAGGAUCAAAGCCAUGGCCCAGCAGGUCUUCAUGUUGGACACUCAAUGUUCUCCAAAGACGCCCAACAACAAGGAUGGCUUUGAGCACGCCCAGUCGUGUGUUUUGAUCAUAGAGCUGCCACAUGACCACCUCUCCACUGGACACCCUCAGAAGAGGAUUCCCUUUAGGACCAUCGUGGUCAGCCUGCUGUCCCAUCAGGUCCUGCUCCAAAACCUUUCCGACAUCCUGCUGGAGGAGUUCCUCAAGCAGCCUGAAGGGCACGAGAGGGCCACGCCCGUCACCCCUGACCCCGGACGGCCCACGGCAGGCUUCUUGCGCUACGUGUCCAUGACCAACCUGUGCAUCAUCCUGGACCUGCUUCUGGACUCGUACAAGACGGCGCGCGAUUUUGACACGCGCCCGGGCCUCAAGUACCUGCUGAUGAAGGUGUCAGGCGUGUGCGGCGCGGCCAACCUCUACCGCCAGUCAGCCAUGAGCUUCAACCUUUACGUGCAGACGCUGCUGAGCGCCAUCUUGAGCCAGGCGGACGCCAUGACGGCCCAGCAGGUGAAGAGGAUGCUGUACGAGGAAGAGGAGGGAAGCUCUGACUCAUCUCGUCCUGGCUCAGCUUCCUCGGAAGACGAAGACAUUUUUGAAGAGACGGCACAGGUGAGUCCCCCACGCGGCCGUGACCAGCGCCACCAGUGGCGAGCCGCCAUGACGUCCCUGAGCGUGGCGCCGGGGGGCGGGGCUGACUGGGCAUGGCUGGUGAGGCGUCUCCACAAGCUGUGCGUGGACUUGUGCAGCAGCUACAUCCAAAUGCACCGUGACCUGGAGAGCGCGCUGGAGGACACGCCCCCGCCGCAGCUGCCUCGGGGAGCGGGUCACGCCUUCUUCCUGCCGCUCUUCCAGUCUGAGGCGUCCACCCCCACGUCGGCGAGGGAAACACCUUCCGAGGAAGGCGGUUUCAGGAGUCAGACAGCGGAGACGAGUACGGCAUCGCCGGGAGACACGCCCACACAGAGUCCAGAAUACAGCUGCACAGGAAGUCUGCCCCAGAGCUUCUUCAGCGGGCGCGACGCGUCAUGGGGCCGGAGAAAGGAAUGGUGGGAAAGUGCGGGGAGCAAACUGUACUCCAUGGCGGCGGACAGGAGCUUCGGGAAGCUGGUGAGCGACUACAAGCGCAGGAAGCAGCAGAACCUCCUCCACCGCACCACCAGGGAGAGGAGGUGCCCUACGGAGCCCCCCCAGAGGCCCCAGCAGCUGGUGGACCAACAGGGACCCCCUUUGAGGCACUCUGUCAGUGCGGGACCAGAAGUCCUGAGGCAAGAAACCCGCUCCCGUUCCGGCUCCACCUUCAGCUCUCACAGCGUGUCUCUGAGGGACGCCGAGGCCCAGAUCCAGGCAUGGACCAACAUGGUGUUGACCGUCCUCAAUCAGGUCCUCCUUCUGUCCGACUCGUCCUUUCUGGCGCUCCAGCCGGCGCUCUACCCCAGCCUAAGCCAGCUGGCGUGUCACGUGACCGACGCCCGCGUACGCCAAGCGCUGCGUGAGUGGCUGGGGCGCGUGGGAAGACUCUACGACAUCGUCGCCUGAACGGUGAGCCCAACUCGCUCCCGCCACGUUGUACGCUUUAGCUUCCUGAAAAGACAGCCGGGAUGGUCAAAGACGAUGAUGAUGAUGAUGUCAUACGCUAUGUGAAUAUUAUUUAUCAUUUCCUGUAUUUCUUGUCUUAUUGGACUUCAGUGAUUGUCUACGUUAUUAAAUGUCGUGAUGAACAGCAGAUUCACUCACUCACACGUUCAUUCAGUACAGCUCAGACUGUAUUGAGGGCAGACGGGGGGGCGGAGCCUGAAAAGGUGGAGUUCAUCAUGUCUGGCUUCAAUGAUUGA